AUGUCGAACUAUCAAAGACUUGUUAACCAGGAGCAACAAUCCAGUGGCAUUCGUUCCUCCUCAUCGUUAUCAUCGACCAGCCAACGAUUUCCCAGUGUGGGCUAUCAUUUGUAUUUGUUGCGUGAACAACUGUCUCGUCGAAACGUGGAGUAUAUGCGUUUAUCUAAAGCCAAGUACUUCAUCACCGAAACGCUUUUGGCCAAGACUGUCAGCAAUCUGAAAGGCUGCAAUAUCGAUGAGCUAAAGACGGUGAACAAUCAGAUUGUCUUUAAGCACAAGCUGAAACGUCAGAUCCAUCGUUUGCGUAAGCUCCAAAGUCUGGGUAUUAAAAACGCGAAUCCCCACAUGGAGAGCACCGAACUAUAACGGAAAGAACGAGGGAAAAAAGGAGCAGAUGGAACCGUAAACCAAAGGCGCCAUUCAAGUCCAUGACUAUGAGCAUAGACAAUGUGAUGGAGAACCUUAGUUCAGAAAAGAGGCGGGCACACAAACCUAAUCAUAAAUUUAUUUUGUUUAACCAUACACUAGUUUAAU